ACAAAAAAAAAAAAAACUUUAAUAAGAGAAAGAUGAAAAGUGCAUUUUAAUUAAAAAAAUAAAAAUAAGGAUUAAUUAAAAGGACGAAAUCCUGAGUGUUUCAAUUUAAAGAAAUGAGAAAAAAUAUUUUUGAUUAGCGUUUUAUAAAUAAAACAGGCAAGUGGCAAUUAAAUGCAAAUAUAAAAACUGAAGCAAGUGAUUCAAAUUAUUAAAAAAAAAUAAUUUAAAAACAAAAAAAAAAUUAAAAUGCCUACAACAACAUUUGAAAAAAAUUAUAGUAAGUGUCCGCUAAAAAAGCGCCCAGUUAAUUAUAUUUUUGAUGAAAGCGAGAUCAAAGAUGAACCAGAAAAUUUGUGUAUUAAGAAAGAAAUUUUAUUGAAAAAAGAAAAUAAUAUUUCGUCAACAGCAAUUGUUCCAUCAUCAUCAAUAACACCUACAUCAGAAGAUUCAUAUUCAUUAGAAAGUGAUGAUGAAAAAUUAUCACCAACUGGUGUUGUUAUACCAACUCCAACAUAUCCAAAAUUUAAUAUACAACCAUGGGGUUUUCAUCAUAUACCAUAUGCUACAGAUUUUUACAAAACCUUGUCGCAAAACAGUCCAGCUGCAUAUUAUCAUCCGACUGCAUUACAUCAUCAUUUACAACAUCAUCCACAUCAUGCAUUUCAUCAGACAUCUCCAUUACGUGGUGAUUUACAUUCUCCGUUAACACCAUCAGAGAGUUCAUUGUCACCACCUCCACCACAUUAUAUUCGUGGACGUGGUAAUUCUGUAUCACCACCAAUUCGUGAGAUGUAUUCAACAACAAUUGUUGGAAAUACAAAUUUUAAUAACAAUAAUAAUAUUAAUAAUAAUAGUAAUAAUAGCAAUAGUAUUAUAACUAAACACGGUAAUAGCCAUAUUAUUAAACCAGAAAUAGUUCCAACACAUCGUUUUAUGCCAUAUCAGAUACCAUAUCAACCGUAUUCAUCUACUCUCGGUUUAAAUAAUAAUAGUUUCAAUUCACAUCAUUUAUCACAACAAACGACACAACAGCAACCUCAACAUAUUCUUCAUUAUUCAUCACAUCGACAACAACAAUUACAAGAUCGUCAUCAAUUACCACCAAUUUCACCAUCUUAUAGUGAAACAUCAUCAUAUUACUCAAUUAGAUCACAAACACCUGAAUCAAAUUGUUCAAUACCUGAAGACUUAUCAUUAAAGCAGCAUUCACCAAAACAUUCAUUAUCAUCAUUAUCAACAUCGUCAUCCUUAAUGUCAUCGUUGACACCAUCUUCAUCUUUGUCAUCAUUGUCAACACCACCAUCAAUAUCAUCAUCAUCAUUACAAUCUAAAAUUUCGACAAUACCAAUUCCAUCAAUGCCAUCAAUUGUUCCGAAUUUUGCAAAUCACGAUAAUCGUGAUUUUAAUAAUAUAUCAUCACAAUCAUCAUUAGCAUUAACAACAGCAUCUUCUACAAUAAUAGCAACAAAUAUAUCAGCAACAACAUCAACAUUAUCAUCAGUAAAUACAACAAAAAGACUUUGUGAAAAUAAUAAUAUUAUUUGUAAUAAUAGUAAUAACAACAGUAAUAACAUUAAUAAUCACAAUAGUAAUAAUAAUAAUAAUAACAGCAGUAAUAGUAGUAAAGAAAAUAAACAAUCACCACCACGAUAUCAAUGUCCUGAUUGUAAUAAAUCAUAUUCAACAUUUUCUGGAUUAACAAAACAUCAACAAUUUCAUUGUCCAGCUGCUGAAGGUAAUCAAAUUAAAAAAUCAUUUAGUUGUAAGGAUUGUGAUAAAACUUAUGUUAGUUUGGGUGCAUUAAAAAUGCAUAUUCGAACACAUACAUUACCAUGUAAAUGUACAAUAUGUGGUAAAGCAUUUUCACGUCCAUGGCUUUUACAAGGGCAUAUACGUACGCAUACUGGUGAGAAACCAUUUAGUUGUCAACAUUGUCAUAGAGCAUUCGCUGAUCGUUCAAAUUUAAGAGCACAUUUACAAACACAUUCAGAUAUUAAAAAAUAUUCAUGUACAACAUGUAGUAAAACAUUUUCAAGAAUGUCAUUAUUAACAAAACAUAAUGAAGGUGGUUGUCCUGGUAUACACGGUUCAACAAGUCCCAAUUAUAUAACACAAUAUCCAGAACAUUAAAAUUUAAUUUUUUUUUUUUCGAAUUUUAUUCAUUUUUGUUUCUAUUUUUGUUUUUUUAAAUUAUAUAAUAGGGAAGUAAAUAAAUUAAUUAAAUUAAUUUUAUUACAGAAGAAAAAAAUUAAAAAGAUUAAAAAGUAAAAUUUUACAAAAAAUCUUUUUUAUUUUUUUUUCA